CUCUAAAGUCCUCUACAAUAUUUCUGAUCAGCCACCACCGACCUUUUUGUGACUACCUUCUUUUGUUAUUGUCACUGAUAUCCUUCUCGUUCUCUCCGACGCUCCUCCCGUUCAUCUCUUCGAAAUUUAAUACUUGUCUUCUCUCCGACGCUUCUUUCACGCCAACCUAUUGAACCACCCUUUUCGGACGGUCUGCCUAGUCUGACAUUGGCAGAAGAUGUUAAUAGCUCGAUCGCGACUUUUUCCUUAAUAUUCUUUCUCUCCUUGGUCUCAAGAUGAGGACACCCUCACCUACACACUUCCGGACAUGGCCGCUUCGGCUCACGCGGAUUUUGCCCUGGGCGUUGGCUGCGCUGUUGGUCAUGUCACACUCUACAUCUGCGGCGGAUAAGACUGCAUCAGACUACUAUGUCAAGUCCCUUCCUGGGCAGCCUGAUGGGCCGCUCUUAAAAAUGCACGCAGGCCAUAUUGAAAUCACCCCCGAACAUAACGGACACUUGUUCUUCUGGCAUUACCAGAAUCGACACAUUGCCGAUCGAUCGCGAACCGUUAUCUGGCUCAAUGGUGGACCGGGCUGUAGUUCAAUGGACGGUGCGCUGAUGGAAUUGGGCCCAUACCGUGUGCAAGAGGGCGGAAAGCUUAGGUACAACGAGGGAUCCUGGGACGAGUUUGCCAACCUCUUAUUUGUCGACAAUCCCGUCGGCACAGGCUUCAGCUACGUCAACAGUGACAGCUAUUUGCAUGAGCUGCAAGACAUGGCCGAUCAAUUCGUCAUCUUCCUGGAAAAAUGGUUUGCGCUGUUUCCCGAAUAUGAGAACGACGACAUCUACUUUGCUGGCGAAUCCUACGCCGGUCAGCAUAUCCCCUAUAUUGUACGAACCUUAUUGCAGCGGAACAAGCGAGCGAGAGCAGCCGGGAAGAAGACAUGGGAUAUCCAGGGCUUGCUUAUCGGCAAUGGUUGGAUCGCCCCUUCAGAGCAAUACCCUGCAUACCUGCCUUUUGCUUACGAGGAAGGUCUCAUCCAAGGCGGCACUCCCAAUGCACAAAGGGUUGAAUCGGCACAGGUCAACUGCCUGGCAGAACUAAGCAAACCCGGUGGGACUGAAAAGGUUGACAUCAGCAUCUGUGAAAGUGUGCUUUCGGUGAUUCUGGACGUCAGCAAGGCGGAUGGCAAGUGUUUUAACAUGUAUGACGUUCGUUUGAAGGACGACUGGCCAUCAUGUGGUAUGGCAUGGCCUCCUGACCUGACCACUGUGACGCCGUGGCUGAGGCAACAGGACGUCGUGGAUGCUCUGCACAUCAACCCGGACAAGCGGACUGGCUGGACCGAGUGUUCUGGUGCCGUAUCGUCUGCAUUCCGAGCUAGUCACUCGAAACCCAGCGUCGACUUCUUGCCUGAGAUUCUCGAGGCUGGAGUCCCCAUUCUCCUUUUCAGCGGAGCCAAAGACUUGAUAUGCAACCACAAGGGGACAGAAGAUAUGAUCAGCAAUAUGAAAUGGGAUGGCGGCACUGGGUUCGAAUUGUCUCCUGGUGUCUGGGCUCCGAAGCGCGACUGGACGUUUGAGGGCGAGCCCGCAGGCAUCUAUCAGGAGGCACGAAACCUCACGUAUGUGCUCUUUUACAACGCCAGCCACAUGGUUCCGUUUGAUUGGCCUCGCCGAAGCCGAGACAUGCUGGACCGGUUCAUGGGAGUGGACAUUGCGAGCAUCGGAGGCACACCGGCCGAUAGUCGCAUAGACGGCGAAAGGGCAGGCAGCGAGACGAGUGUUGGGGGUCAUCCCAACAGCACGGUGGCGAUUGAAGACGGCAAGCAAAAGUUAAAGGACGCAGAGCUCAAGGCAUACUAUCGCAGCGGAGAAGCGGCGCUAGUGUUUGUACUGAUUGCGGCGGCACUGUUUGGAUGGUGGGUCUGGCGUGGUCGCAGAAAAGCUCGUGAUCAAGGCUACAUCAGUGUGCCCCUUGCCAAUGGGUUCAAAGGCCGAGACGUGGAAGCGGGAGAUUUUGAUGAAAAUGAACUGGACAAUCUCCCCAGUUCACGGCGACGAGACAUGGAAGCGAAUCAUUACGACCUCGCCUCCGACAGUGAGGAUGAAGACAAGGGAUCUGGGGUUGCACGGAAGAACGAGCGAUAAGUCUACUGUGGUCUCCCUGUCUCACGCUUCGCCCAAGUUGAGGUUGGAAGGGACGAUUUGUAAUUUAGUCACUGUUUAAGCCGGCGCAGGGUGGAGGAGUCGAGGACUAGACUCUGGCCAGGAGGUCAUGUUGCCGCACGAUGACGCUACAGAAAUGAGUAGAUUUGCCCAAGCACGUACG